UUUCUCACUUUCAGUUCCCAUUUGUCUGGUGAAGUCAGUGCUCAGCAACAUUGCGUGUUUGUCAGUGAAGCAAUAAGAAAAAGUUAACAUUCAUCGCCAGCCUCAAGAACCAAGAUUCUCAUGCUGCCUUGUUUAUAUGAUGGACGGCUAUGUCAUGUCAUCUCCUUCACAGGAAAUUAUUCCCAACGAGCCUGAGAAUUACCGACCACCUGCAGAGCUGUACCCCUACCUCACUAAUGUAGGGGAGAUUUAUGAAGACCAUAGAUGGACCUUCCACUCUGAGCGAGUCCAGCCGUCAGACUUUGAAAACUCACCAGUCAAUCACCUCACAGAGCUUCAGUCUGUGUCUCCUCAACAGCUGAUACAACCCUACCGCUACAGCAGUGAGUCUCUGCCCCUUCACCUGGAGCCUCCACUUGCACCUCUCUCUGUGUCACCACAGAUCCCAUACUACAACCCAUCCCUGUGCUACCAGUACCAACCCUCCGCCUCGCCCGGCCAUUACUACUCAGAGGAGGAACAAAGAGGAAUCAGUCCCCCGCUUGAGGUAUCAGAAGGGGAAGAUGAAUUUGAAGACCACAACCACUCCUCCUUCAGGAAAGACAUUAACAACAAGAAGAAAAUCCGCCUGUACCAGUUCCUCCUGGACUUGCUAAGAAAUGGGGACAUGAGUGACAGCAUCUGGUGGGUGGACCAGGACAAAGGCAUCUUCCAGUUCUCCACAAAACACAAAGAAGCUCUGGCCAGUCACUGGGGUAUUCAGAAGGGAAACCGUAAAAAGAUGACCUAUCAAAAAAUGGCUCGAGCUCUGAGGAACUAUGGUAAAACUGGAGAGAUUAAAAAAGUAAAGAAGAAGCUAACCUACCAGUUCAGUGAGGAAGUGCUGAGGAACCUCUAUUUACGUCAGUAUUCACACUGAUGAGGGAACAAAGGCUGUCUUUUAUCAUGCUGAAAUCACUAAAGUAGCCAAGAUUGAAUUUGCCUGUACAUUUGCAAUUUUACUUUGUUUUUCUACCAAGUUUUCUUACUUAUUUAUUUGUGAUGCCAGUGCACUUCCUCUAUGGCAUUUGUAAAUUGCUUUAUUUCAGACUCAAAUGAAGUUUGUCUGCCUGUGUUUAAGGAUUAAAUGAUGAUUAAAGAUCAGGGACAGCUUAAAAAAACACAAAUUCAAAUGUUUUUACGUUUUGUCAUGAGCGUGUGUAAAUAAAUAUGUUGUAUUCUUUCUGUGAAAUUACUCAGAUAAACUGAGUACAUCUCUAAACAAGGACAAAACUGACUCUGACUCACAGUGUACAUGUACACAUAGCAAUUUUUUAGCCUUGUUAAAAGAGCACGGGGUAGACAGUAGACAACUGUAGUAAAAGACAGAGAGAAUUACAGCAUACAACCAAGAAAAACAACAAAGACAGAGGUUCAUUUACCUGAUAAAGUUGUUUCAGCAUACAGCCUAGAGCUACAAAAUCACAACUACAGAGAAAUAAUUCAACCUUGCACUUCACGCACAGAUGAAAAAGAUGUUAACGACACAUGGAGUCCAUCUGUACCUAUGAAAGAUGGGAAACUGGCAGGACCUUGACAACAAAAUCUGCUGUGUUGUAUGGAGGCCUGGAAAGAGGAUAGACAGUAGAUGCAAAGAUAAAACUCAGGCAUAGACUGAGAGAAAAAAAAUCAUGUAAUAUAUGAUCAUAGACAGAUUGGAGAUAGAUCCCAUAGCAGACAGGUUAUAGGCCCCCACCCUUCCUGUAAAGGAAAUAUUGUAUAGCCUAAUAUUACAGUUAAGGCUAGCUAUAAUUUAUUCAGUUUAAUACCUCACAAAAACCUGUAAUGUUUUAUUUGACUUGACAACAAUACAAUACUUCUACAACAUGACAGCAAAAAAAAUGUUAAUCAUAACUUCACUUUCUUAGGAUUUGCAACCAGGAGUUUAGAUUUUUUUUAAGUGCAGAAAGUUUUUUCAUUUUUAUUUUAGUCUAUAAGGCUGCAGUUGCACAGCUUUAGAGUUUGUGCAGUAUUUCAGUGUGUCCAGGUAGGAAGUAGGACAGAAAAUAAAGUUGGGUUUCUGUUUUGCAAAUCUGCUGGAGUGUAUCUAGAACUUUCCUAGUAAAGAAAUCAGAAUGACAUUCAUUCACUUGACAGGCAUUUCAUUGGUAACAAAUCAAAAUAAAAUAAAAUCAGUACCUGA